CUUUUCUGAUACUGAAGUAACCUGUGGACAGAGGUUAGGGUUAGGAGAGAAAUCGGUUCGGUUAGGCAAGAAAAUCAGUUUAAGCGAGGUGUUUAUGCUGACACAGUUUCUCCACUGCUGCUCAGCCUAAAGAGAAGGGUUGAAGCUGUUAAUGUGAGCUUCCUGUGUACAACAACACACUGAGAUGCAGAAUGAAAAUGGUUAAACCCUCAUUAUAUAAAAUCAACAACAAUAAACAUCAUCAAACACGUGUCAUGGUCAGUCCGUAGAGCAUAUACAGUAUCAGUCAGUCAUGUCAUGAGCUCAGGGUUUUUAUCGUGCACGUGAGCUAAGAGAGAGCCCUCUUGCUCUAUGAGAACUAUAAUUUAGAAAGGCUAGCCUGUGACCUUGUUCUGCUAAAUGAGUCAGCAGUGUCACUCUGGGCCCAUCAGUGAUCCGGAGUUUGAUCUUCUUCAUCCUCUUCUUUCCUGUAAUGGAACAACACAGCACUCCUGCGUUUGUUAAUUAUCUGUUUUACAUAAAAACGUAGGUCACUGGUUGAUGCAAUAAACACUAUUCUGUCAAGCAAAGCUUCAUGCAAUGUUAGUUUUAUGCGUUCUGCAUAUUUUUUUUUUACAAGCUACACCCUGAAAUGCAAGGUUCACAGCACUGUUUCAUCUCUCUAUUGUCAACAUUAACACUUUCCCUUUCCUUCACUCCUUGACCUCCUUUUCUCCCUCACAUACUGUACCAUGCUACUGUACCAUCUCUUUUUUUCUCACUCCACUAGGAAUCCUGCUGAAAUCAUCCUUUUCGCAAGCUAUUUACACUCCAAGUUAACAUUUGAACCGACUGACUUAACUUUUGAACCAACAGGCCUCUUUCGAAUAAGUUUGCCAACUUGGGAUGAGACACAACAGAAACAGAAUAGAAGAAUAGUCCCACAGCAGACGCCACACAUACAAGUCUCCUGUCAUUCAUUUUUAUACUUCCCAUACACACAUACUGCAUCCAAGUGAUUAUACAAAUUACUAAUUUAGAAAGUGAGGACAAUCGAAUCGCUAACUUAAGAUGGGCACAUUAGUACAACCCCUAAAAAUCAUUUCUUACCCUUACUUAUCUAUCCUUACUGGGACUUAAUAAACUAAGUGAAAUUAAGAACCUUAUACAGCAUCUAAACUUCAAGGUUACACCCUCGAUGUCAGCUGACAGCUAAACAAGAAGGAUUGAGCUUUAGUGACUAACCUGAUGAAGAACACAGAAUCACUGCGAUAAAACUUAUUUAAUUCAGGAAGUGCUGUAAAUGCAUGCACUAAGUGACUCUAUGACGAAAUUAACAUACUGUUAUGGGAAAAAUUGUCUCUUCCUUAUUUCUAUGUGUCUUCCUUACUUCUAUGCAGUUAUUAUAUGAUUUAUGACUUAUGUUCUGCAAUUAAUAUCUUAUGUUUUGUCUUACUGUAUGCAUUUGACAUUUCACCUAGAUUGUUCAAUGGUUGUCUCUGCCUGAUAGACUCUCAACUCUAGCUCCCAAACCCAAGGUCGGGGAGUUGUGUCUCUGUCUGUUGAGACUUGGUGCUCCUUUCUCACAGAUAGAUGGACGUCAGCGAUGCAGAACUGAGCGCGAUGAGGGUAAAUCCGGAUCUGGACUCCUUUCCCACCAUCAGCAGAAGAACCGAAGGAGAAGAAGCGUCUGACCAACAGCCAGAACAGGGUGGAAGCUCUGACACCACAGCAGCUGGAGGACACAGACCACAGCAUGGACGCCUCACAGACUCCCACAACGUCUGCAGCCGUCACGUUCUGGGCUCAUCAGAUGAACCAGCUACUACAGACCCUGCACCAGCUGCAAUUGCUGUAUGUAAGUGCCCUGCACACACUGGGGGCACUGAUCCCAUCUCUGCUGGAAACACACGCGCUGAUGCUGCUGCGAAGGCAGCUGCUCGACAUCCCCUUCCCUUUGUUCCCUGCCUCUUAUCCUCCACCUCUACCCAACCUCCCUCUCCUCCCUCUGCUCUCCCUGAUCUUCAGACAUUCUCUACCCCACAGGAAUGCAAGCUCUGGCUGACGAAUGGCGCCACCAGUAGCCAUGGCGUUUGGUAUGGGCCCGACGGCAAACCUUGCCUACCUAAACACUUUUUCCCUCAUUUCGCGAAGUUGACACAUGGAUUAGACCAUGUAUCAAAGGGGGCAAUGUUAGAUGCUCUUACAAAACAUUGGUACACUAAGGGAUUUUCAAUCUAUGCGCAAAAAUACUGUGAAGCGUGUAUGACAUGCGCCCAACACAACCCAGGUAAGACAACUGCCAAACCACUGGCAGCUCAUCCACCACCGGAACAGGCGUUUGACCAUUUAAUGCUGGAUUUCAUCGAACUAACGCCGGCAGAAGGUAAAAAGUAUUGUUUAGUGAUUGUUGAUAUGUGGUCAAAAUGGGUGGAGGCCUUCCCAGCUAAACAUGCUAACAGCCAUGCAGUUACCAAAGCCUUGCUGACAGAAAUAAUUCCCAGAUGGGGAAUUCCAUCUAAAAUCAGCAGUGACAACGGCUCACACUUCGCAAACCAAGCCCUCGAGGAAGUGGGAAAGUUUCUGAACAUCGACAUCAGAUAGCACUGCUCUUACCACCCUCAAAGCGGAGGGGCGGUAGAGAGAGAGAAUGGCACUUUGAAAAACAAACUGGCUAAAUGCUGCUCAGAGACUGGUCUCAAGUGGACUCAGGCUCUUCCCAUUGUGCUCUCAUACAUGAGAAUGAGGAGAAGGAUGAGAACAAACCUCAGCCCCUAUGAGAUCCUAUUCGGUAGACCCCCUAUGAUGGGACUCCACCCUGAGACCGAGACUAGGAUUUUACCACCUACUGAAAUGUGCGAAGACGCAAUGCUACAGUACUUUAAGAACUUAUCCUCUGUUUUGUCCCAAAUCUCCAAACAGGUGAAAGCGGCUCUGCCCAAACAGGCGACAGAACCACUGCACAUCAUUCAACCAGGAGACUGGGUGAUCAUUAAGGAGCUUCGCAGGAAGCACUGGAACUCAAAGCGGUGGCAAGGUCCCUUCCAGGUCCUUCUGACGACCAACACGGCUGUGAAGAUCACAGAAAGAGCGACUUGGAUCCACUCCAUCCAGGAAGGUCCCGGAUCCGACAGACGAACCUCCAUCUACAUCUCACGGAGAAUUCACCACUAAAGAAAAGAAUUAAGAAGGACGACCCUCGCUGUGCUCACACACGCACUGAGGCGAGGCUGCGUUGACCGUUCAGCUAAAGGUGUGAGCCAAGCGCCGCCUGAAGCUGCGCCGGUGAAUCACACUAUCAGACCAUACAUCUACACACACGCUCCUGAGAAAACACACACACGAGCAGCCUUGAGUUGCCGACGCUGGACGACGUGUAGACUCUUCACAUCACGGGAGUGACAGUGACUCAGACGACAUUGGGAGGAAACCUGGCGGUGAUAACGAAUCCCAAGUGUCUCUGUGAUCAGCUGAUCACAACCUGAAGAACUCCAACGAACUGGCAAUACAUCAACACACAGGUUGGAAACAAUCUAACGCUACUGUUCAACAGGACGAAGCUGAUUGUUACAAGACAUCAAUUGUAACCUCGUUGCGUUAGACAUUUUAUGUUACUCUGAUUAUUGCCUUGAUCAUAUGAUGUUUCCAUGUAACUUUACACAACACUUUUGAAUGAGAAACUUUCACAUAAUUCACAACACUGAGUUUAAAUAUUAAUUUGAUGUUUCAUUUGCUCACAAUCACUUUAUUCACUGCUACAAAAUUUUUUAUCCUUCAUCUACAGAUGAAAGACAACACAAGCGGCAAUAUGCAUCUUCAUUCUGGUUAAAUCCCUGAAUCUCCUAUUCAUUAUAUAUUUAUACAUUAAUUGUCUUUAUUACAUUACAGUCGAAUGGCCGUAGACACGUUGUUAGCAGAGAAAAGAGGCGUUUGUGUUAUGUUUGGAGACGCAUGUUGUACUUACAUCCUGAAUAACACUGAUUCUAAUGGUAUUGUGGCGAAGGCGCUACACGGCCUUCAGAAUCUCAGCUAACUCUGGUAUAGGUUUUUUUCCCUUGGAAUUGGCUAGACGAAAUGUCUGGAAAAUGGAAAUCUGUUCUCAUGUCCGCAGCUGUUUCCUUUAUAAUUGAGAUGGCUGUGAUUCUCUUGUUUGGUUUUUGCGUUAUUCCACUGGUUAGAGGUCUCAUCAUGCGUGCGACCUCAGCAAGACUCUCGUAUCAAAUGACACUAUGCACUAUGUUUAAAAACCCCAACUCUAAUUCACUUAAUGACUUUGACGAUGGUCUUAGGCUAUCUGACCACGAAAUAUAAAAUGAUACAAAUAUGAUAAUGAGCUUAUUUUCUUCGCAUGCUCAUACAGAGGUUAUUCUUGUAUAACUACCCACCAAAACAGCUCCCAACCUUUUGUCCCUAAGUUACUUGCAUUUUAUGUGAAGGUGUAUUUUGAAUCUUGAUGAGUUAAUACCCUUAUUGUUUCAUUUGCAAGGAUCUUUUAUUAUUACAGAAUGUGAUGUUGACAAUUUUUAUCCUUUAAUGGUUUGAUUAAUGUGUAAUCAAAAGGGGGGAGUGUUAUGGGAAAAAUUGUCUCUUCCUUAUUUCUAUGUGUCUUCCUUACUUCUAUGCAGUUAUUAUAUGAUUUAUGACUUAUGUUCUGCAAUUAAUAUCUUAUGUUUUGUCUUACUGUAUGCAUUUGACAUUUCACCUAGAUUGUUCAAUGGUUGUCUCUGCCUGAUAGACUCUCAACUCUAGCUCCCAAACCCAAGGUCGGCGAGUUGUGUCUCUGUCUGUUGAGACUUGGUGCUCCUUUCUCACAGAUAGUUGGACAUCAGCAAUGCAGGUGUGAGAAAGUAAAAAUCUUCACACACACUGCGACAGGGAGGAGAUGGUGCAUGUAAUUUGAUUGGGUUAGAAAGACAUUCCACCCUAGUCGGACAGAGAAGCUAAAAGGCAGAAGCAGCUUUAGGAUCGUGGGCUCUUUGCAUCACACCUUCGUGGUGUGUGCACUGAUCUCCCAGCUGGUUUUUGGUUUGUUGAUGUGCACGAUCAACAUCCAUGCUUUUUAUUUGCUUUCCCCAUUAUUUUUAUUUUCUUUAUUAUUUCAAUAAAUCGCACAAAAGGACAACUCUCUCUCAUCUACUUCUUUAUGGAAAAUUUCCACCACACAUACAGACUAAAUAAGCUGCAUUCUCACAACCUAUCAGAGAUGACACAUUAGACAUAACACAACCUGUUGAACCUGUUGCACAAAGCAAUAAACCUAGAAACACAAACAACCCCACAAUCACUACUGCAUCUAAUUGUAAUUUCCCCCGUGACUAUCUGAGUCUCUAAUGACAACAUACUGUAACAACUGUGGAUAAAAACUACAACUAAAAUAUUGUAACUUACUAAAGAAAGUUCAUAUAAACCCACAUACAGCCAAACCUCUUGGAGGAUAAAACACAGUCAACCACUGACCAUCAGGUGAAGCAUUUCAACAGCAGAGUGAGUGAAUUGGGAACUUUAUUUUUUAAAUAAAGUUGAACUUUAUUUUGAAAUAUUCUCCAUACCUCUCCCUUUCCUUGUAAAAUUGAAAUAUUUUAUUUUAUUUUAUUUUAUUCAUUUAUUUAUUUUAAGCUUUUGGCAGCUUUAAGGACUGAGUUAUUUUCACCAAUUCAACUUAUUUAUUUUGUUUUUUUAAAAAUUUAGAUAUUUGUCUGAGUCUUAAAGUACUAAAGUGUGCAGCAAGGUGAGAACACAGAUUCAGAGGCCUCCGGCUUUUUGGCUUUUGAUAACGUCCAUUGACACAGUUCAUAUCUGACAGCCUGCACUGUCUCAGUGGCCCUGCUUCAGCCUCAGCCUUCCUUGGCCGUCCAGGUGGACUCUUGUUCCAUCACUGGCUUUGCACAUGUCCAUACCUCCCACACUGGAAGCAGUUCACAGUUUUUCCACAGCAUCCUCGUCUUGCUCCUUGGCCUGGAGGAGUCCCUCCUCUCCUCAUAGGAGGUCGUCUUGUCCACCCUCCUGGUAGAAUGUACAUCACCUGAGGUGUGGCCAUGCCUGGUGGUGUAGGUGGGGUCUGAGGCACGCUGGCUGGUUGAGCAGACACCAUCCUCCUCUCUCUUUUCUCCCCCUUUGUUCGCUGCUGCUGGCGUGUUGCUUCUUUCACUGCCUCCUUUGCCUGCUUUUGACGCAGCUCAACAGCAUGAAUCACAUGGUCAGUUAUUUGUUCUACUGACAUGUUGCACAGUUCCACAGUGUCAUUCAGAUCCUUCUGAUCUGGUCUUGAAGGCCAGGGCAGAUUUUGACGCUUUGCCCCUUUGACCAGCAGAGGAAGUCCAUCAGAAACCUCAUUUACCCGUCCGUCACCCACACACACUGAUUCCUCAUCUGACCCAGCCCACAGUGAUCUAACUGCUCUGUCACGCAGAUCACUUUCACUGCAGGAAUUUCCAAUUGAUAUUUUCUGUUUUUUUUUUUUUUUUUU